UUUCGCCUCUACUAAAUGUGCCACUUCAUACAUUAAAAAGAGGAAAAGCUAAGUCAUGGCAGAUAGGUUUGAAAACCUUGAGGAGCAGUUAGAAAGAUUUAUUGAGAACACUAGACAGCUUGGAAUUAUCGUCAGUGAUUUUCAGCCUCAAGGACAAAAUGCUCUCAACCAGAAAUUACAGACAAUGGUGCAAGGGUUGCAGGAAAUAGAUAAGAUGAAAUCACAGAUGCAAGAUGUACAUGUACCUCUAGAAGUUUUUGAAUAUAUAGAUCAGGGCAAAAAUCCCAACUUGUACACUAAACAUUGUCUUGAGAAGGCACUGGGAAAAAAUGAACAAGUGAAGGGAAAAAUUGAUGCUUUUAAGAAAUUUAAGGCUUUGUUGGUUCUAGAGCUGAGUGAAGUUUUUCCUAAAGAGAUGGCCAACUAUCGAGCAAUGCGUGGUGAUGAUCGUCCCACUUGAGAUGCUUGUUCUACAGUUUUGUGGCCAGUGCAAUAAAAUCACCAGUGACUGGGUCCAGAUUGCUUGAAAACUUUAUCCACUUGUUAAGCAGUCAACUAUUACAGUUUAUGGCUAGAUUUAAAAAAUGUUUUCAAAACAUGUUAUGUAUACUUUAGUAUGUAUUUAUCUAUACAGGACAGUAAAGUUCUACUUGUUUUCAUUUGAAUUUUUCUCAUUUCCCUCCAUUUUCUGGGUGAGCUGUUUUACAAAGUUGUCUUAUGGCUAGGUUAUCAGGUGGAUAAAGUUUAGAGAAACCACUUCCUGAAGAAGUGCAUACACUGUUGAAUAAGAUCUGCAAAAGUUUCAGGAACAAGAGUGCUACCUAUAAUGUGUGUUUUAUUGGACACAAUGUUAUUGAUAAAACUGUGGAAUUGUGUUAAUAUUGCUUCAGAUCAUACAGCAGGGAAAACUUACUUUGGAACAUUUUAUGUGAAAUUAGGUGUUAAAGUUAUAUGGAGGAUCCUUUCGUGUUGCACAAUAUUUUCACACGAGUUGGCAUAAAAACCUCUUUUCAGUUCACAUCCUAUGAUAUCCUAAGACUUUACAAACAAGUAUUAUCUAUACAAAUAUGAAAUAAAUGAAAAUAUCAGUUAUAGAAAAUAUACAGAGCUAGGUUACAGUUUUUUUUUAUGUCUCGUUUGAUGCUUUCCUCCUUUGUACGAUUACAAAAAUUUAUAUACAGACAUUGAUUACCAUAGCUUUGGAAACUUCUUUGAUGGUUUUGUUUUCAUUAUUGUAGGCGAACAGUGCUAUGGGUGAAUUUAAGACAGGCAUGACUAUUAACUGGCAUUCUGCGUUACCACUGGUGAUUCCUUAAUUAACUGUGAAUAAGCUUGCAAACUAUCAAGUAAUACAAGCAACACAGAAAGUGCCUAAUUAGCGGUAGGACUUACUGUAAUAAAUAAAAUCUGUUUUAAAGAUCUUUUGGAAGCAUAGGAACGCAACAAAGCAACAUGAUAGCAGACUCGGUUGGAUUGAAUCUGUUCAUGAGAGGUAAUGAAUUGUGCAACAACCCUCAACCUUAAAACAACAAAAAAAAUUUUUUUGGUAUAAUUACAGUAUUUCUAGGUUCAGAAUUUACUGUUUAAUGGUGACAAUUUUGGAGUUUGUUAUUUUUCUGUUUUUGACAGUUACAGAACUAGCGCAGGUUUUUAUUGUAUUCCUGUAGAUACACAGAAAGAGAAAUUUUUCAGUUGUGUAUUCCUUUAUCUACUGUUAACAAACUUCUCACUUGUUUUUCAUUCUUUUCAUCUUAUACACUUUGUCAGCAUGAAAGUAUUGAAAAAUAAACUUGUAAACUGCU